ACACAAUGUUGCCAUAACGUUACCAGAAAUACUAUGCGGAACACAUUUGUGGUGUCGGAGAGAUAAGUGUGUAACACAAGGGAAAAGGUGAAAGUUGAAGGGUAUGCGGCUUGUCAACAUGGCAUCCAUGAGCGUUAAACAUGGGCUGCUCACCACCAAAUCCUCUGUUCAUAAUAAGAUAUUACCAUAUUUUAUUUGCAUACAAAGACCGACAGAAGUGAAGUGUUUGAGAGCAUCAACAAACUCAAGUAAACAACACAACGAAAAAUACUGCAUUGAUCUUGUAAGGUCGCGGGAUUAUGAUGGAUUUUUGUCUGCACUACUCUUACCUGAGGCUGCUCGCAGAUCCGCCUUGGCCCUAAGGGCUUUUAAUGUAGAACUGGCACAGGUGAAGGAUUCAGUCUCUCAGAAAACUAUUGGUUUAAUGCGUAUGCAAUUCUGGAAAACAGCAGUGGAAGAAAUAUACAGGGAUGACCCCCCACUCCAACCGAUUAGCACUGAACUAUGGAAGGCUGUCCGUACACAUACACUGACCAAAAGGUGGUUGUUGAGAAUCAUAUCUGAAAGAGAGAAGGACCUGGAAGACAGGGCUUACAGGAACCUUCAGGAACUGGAGGCUUACUCUGAGAACACCCAAUCCUCCCUGCUCUACCUCCUACUGGAGACGAUAGGGGUAAAAGAUGUACACGCGGACCACGCGGCCAGCCACAUUGGAAAGGCGCACGGCAUCGUCACAUGCCUGAGAGCGACACCAUACAACAGCCGCCGGAGAAAGGUCUACCUCCCCAUGGACAUCUGCAUGCUACACGGAGUGUCUCAAGAAGACUUCAUCCGCGGGAGUCGGGAGCAGAAUGUCAAGGAUGUGGUUUACGACAUCGCCAGUCAAGCCCAUGUACAUCUACAGCAUGCCAGAUCGUUCAGCAAGAGUGUUCCAGCUGCUGCCUCAGCCGCCUUCCUGCAAACGGUUGUUCUGGAGGACUACCUGCAGCGAGUGAGAAAGGCCGACUUUGACGUGUUCCACCCCAGUCUACAGAAGCGCAACCCCCUGCUUUCCUUUCAACUCUACUUCAGGUCGUGGAAACAGACGUACUGAUGUUCAUGAACACAAGCUAUUUUUUUUAUAGCAGAUCUCUAAGAAUUCACACAGUUCAGAUGAAGUCAUACCAAGGCACUGAUUUAGUGAGCAUAUACUGAAAUAAAUCAUAUUUACCAAC